GUAACCAAUAUGUUAAAAGUGUGUCAAAGUCAUAUCAUAUGACGUGGACACCAUCAUGCUUGUCAGAAAAUGAGAAUUCUUAUAAGUCUAGAAAACACUUAGCACAACUUUAUUAAAAGUUAUUCACAAAAACAAUUUACUAGGCGAAAUUUCAACCAACAUGUCGGAUAAGUCCAGCUCAUUUCGUACAAUGUUUUAAAUUCCCCAGAUAUUGAGGGAAAGACAACCUCAAGGUUGUCAUACACGCUGAAUUUAUUUUCAUGGCUGAUAUUCUAGCAGAUUUACAAGAUUCAUUUACAAGCAAUGACGUAUGUCGACAGCACGAGCUAAUAGUGAAAAUUGAAGAAUGGAGUCGUAUCCGUGUCGACGCAAAAAAUGCCCAAAUGAUCAAUGAUUGCCUGGAGAAAGUUCUAUCUAUUUAUUAUUCUCACUCCUUUCUCGGUUGUUCCUCAUGUAAAAGCAAUGACCGCAUGAUAUGGACUUCUCUCUUGGCUUCAUUUUUGGAUUCGAAGAAAGUGCUUGAUAACAGUUCCAAACUUAGCUUAAAAGAUAUUUUACUGGUUGAGUUCACACUUUCAGGGGAAACCAUAUAUUUGAUUGAUGUUCUUUUGCAAAUGAACACUGCUGUUUCUGCCCCUGACUUUGCGGCUGCAGUAACCAAGAGGAUAUUUUCUAUGGACAAAACAAUUUUUAAAAGUCAUGUAAAUACCGUCAGGAUUCUGAUGCUUUACAAAUGGUUGGAUCUUAACUUUCCCCAUAUUGUAAAGCCGACACAAGAACAACUUUCACGUAAAUAUUUAGAUACAGAUUCUAUUUUCCGCUGGAUGCGCCAAAAGAUACCCACUAAAAUCAAAUUAGCCUAUUGGAAAACAUGCACAACAAAUGAAAAGAUUCAAAUGCUUCUAAAUGCUUUCGAUUUAUCUACAUUAGCAAAAUUACUAAAUCCGUGUUCUGAUGAUGUAGAGGGAAAAAAUAAUGAUAAUGUUGGUAAUCAGGUCAAAAUAAAACGACAUAAAAAGAAAGAAAAGCGAAAGUUAACGGUUAAACAUCGCUUGUCAGCGCAAAAUGGUGUUUAUUCAGCCAAAUAUAAAAAGGACAAUCAAAACUUCGAAAACAUGAAUACUCCAGAUGUAGAUAUUGAAUCAAUAAACAAUCACGAAUUGGUAGAGGAGGAAAUUUAUGAAAUUCACACUAACUCUAAAAGGGAGUUACUGACAGACCCUGAUUCGGCUAAACUCGCUCCCAAAAGAAGAAAACUGACGGGCAACACUAGCGUCGAAAGCAUAAAUGAGAUACCAGAAUUUGUACAGAUUCACACUCCUGCCUCCGUGGUGGAAGAUAGUGAGGACAUCGAAGACAAAGACGAAACACAACUGGAACCAACUAUACCAACUAAAACAGAUGGCACGACAAGUCCCAUGAGUGGUCGGGAUACCCCAAGAAAGCGUAAAAGUGCAACGCCUAUUGCUGACAAAUCCGAAAUUGGUUCCAAUAUCAUUAGCCCUACCACUGGGAAUCAGCGCGAGAGGAAUAUGGACCAGACAGAUUCACUUGCAUACAUAUGCGUAGACGGGCUGAUAGCAGGAGGUGGAGGCACGCUGGAUGGGAAACCAGUGAUGUCAACCACACCGACGAGAGGAGAUGAAACACAAAGUCGGACGAGUAGUCGGGAUACCCCAAGAAAGCGUAAAAGUGCAACGCCUAUUGCUGACAAAUCCGAAAUUGGUUCUAAUAUGAGUAGCCCCACUACAAGGAAUGAGCGCGAGAUGAAGAUAGCUUGUGAUGCAGUAGCAAUGGUUCCAGUGGUGGAUAUUGCUCUGGACGGAAAUGGUAUGGAAAAUUCUCGGGAUGUUGUCAGUGGAAAGGAAGAUAUAUGUGGUAAUAUUGCUGUUUCGGUUAAACGGAAAAGUGUUUAUAAUACGUCACGUACGACAACAGUAGGACGUAGCAGGUACUCGCUACGCACAAGAAAGUCGCUGAAAUAACCUAAUUUAUUUUUUCACCUGCAGAGACUUCUUUUUUACCACAAUAUUUCUUCCAACUACUUUUGUGUACUGUUGGUUGAAAUUGGUGUAGAUAUUUACUGUUUGGUCAGUUGAUGAUAGAUUUAACUAAAUGUAAUAAAUUUUAUGAAAAGUAAACUGAAUUAUAUUUGAAGUGG